AUGGAUUAUCUUUCUGUGAGGAAAAACUGGGACUUGAGUACGGACAUAAUUGAAAAUGGUGGCGUUUCUAACAUUAGUUUGAGAGGAGAUGAGUAUGACAGUGUACCACUUACUGAAAGGCAAGCUCCACAAAUAGUAAAACGUGUUGGAGCAGAUAAUGUGGGCGUGAAUGAUGUGUGUAGUGACACCAUAUCCGAAGAUGAAGAUGUUGGAGAGGUGGUGGAUGCUGAAAUGAAGUUUUUAUGCAAUGAAAACAACCCAGAAUUGAAUAACCAGUGUGACAACAUGAUGGUUGUGGUGGUGAUGGCGAUGACACUGCUGGGCAUGGUGGCGGCGCAGCAGGGCUCUUCGGCUCCCCCGCAGCAGCAGCAGCAGCAGCAGCAGCAGCAAAGGCAGCUGCCGAGUCCUGGGGGCUUCUCGCAGGCGCCGCCGGCUGCCUUCCAGCCGCGCUUCCCCGCCGCCCAGCAGGGCUUCGGCGUGGGCUCGCCGUUCGGCCAGGGCGCCGGCUUCGGUGGCGGCUCGCCGUUCGGCUCUCCAUUCGGCGGAGCGCCAGGCUUCGGCGGCUUUGGAGGUGGACCUGCGGCCGGCGGAGCCCUCGGGCUCGGACAGGGACAGGGACAGGGCUUUCCUGGGGGAUUCGCCGGCUUCAGGCCGGGGGCGGCAGCGGGACCGGGAGGCGCCUUCGGACAAGGUUUCCCUCAAGGAUUCGCUGGUUUCAAUCAAUUCAGGAACUUCUGA